AUGCCACCAAAGAAGAUAGUAUUUUUUGCUUUCAUUUCAGCCUUCUUUAACGAUGGCUGCGUGGUUUUGGCUGACUUUGCUGCUUUGCCUGUCGGGAGCAAUGAUUGGGAGUGCGGUUUCAACACGGAGCAGCAAUUGCACGCAUUCAUCGGACUCUGUCAACCUCAGUACCUGGCAAUCUACGGUCAGAGACUCUUCAUCAGUCUAGAACUGCGUACUGGAGCCUCGACCUUAGUUUGGCUGCCAAUCAGCACUGAACACAAGUCGUCUCCACCGCCAAAACUUGUACCGUUUCAGCCGAAGAAUUCUAUCGACAUGGGCGAGUGUAACACCAUUUCGAGCCCCAGGGGCUUGGAAGUCGAUCCACUCGGCCGCAUCUGGGUGCUAGACAACGGUAAUAAGGAUUGUCCGGCAAAGCUCUGGAUUUGCAAUCUCGCCAACAGCGACGAGACCAUUAAAGUACAUCAGUUCCCUGACACGGUCUUCUCUAGCAAUAAAAAGGAGCUGGGUGAGGUGGUAUUGGACAAGACGCAGGAUAAUUGGUUUGCGUACAUCACGAACAAAGAUUCUAAGCACCUUAUCCUGUUUGAUCUGAACAUGAACAAUUUUUGGACCGUGCAAUUCCCGUGGAAAAAAGUUGGAGUCCUUGCCAUUAACCCCAAAAAUGAACAACUGUACCUCAGCCAGCACGACUCCCAAGAACUUUAUGCGAUUCCUGUGGUUGACUUAAGGGAUGGAAGUCAAAAUAAGAAUUGGAAACGAAUCGGCUCCUGGCCUGAUAAUUCUUGCACUAAAAUGCAAUUUGACAGUGCUGGAGUUCUCUAUGCUGCCUUUCUUCCUAAGAGCCGUCAGGGCUUUGUCGAGUACGCCAUCGCUGAUGACGUAAUUGUAGGCUCUGAUCUGAAGCAAAAAUGCUUUUUUAAGCUUUUAAGUGUUUUCUGA